GGACGGCAUGACGUCAGGAGAGAACGGGGCAGAAGCUUUGUGGUGUGAGCACGCGGGGCUGCACGAGGCGGUGAUCAUCUGAAAGCACGAGCCGUUCGCACAGCAGAAAUUCUGAAGCCCAGACAUGAACGGAGAAAUGAACGGUUUCCACAACGGCUUCAUUGAUGAAGACUGCUUUUUAUUCACCUCCGAGUCGGUGGGAGAGGGACAUCCGGACAAGAUCUGUGACCAGAUUAGUGACGCUGUUCUUGAUGCCCAUCUUAAGCAAGACCCAUGUGCCAAAGUGGCUUGUGAAACGGUAGCCAAGACUGGAAUGGUCCUGCUGGCUGGAGAGGUGACGUCUCGUGCCACCGUGGACUACCAGAAGAUUGUCCGCGACACUAUCAAACACAUCGGCUAUGACGACUCCUCAAAAGGCUUUGAUUAUAAGACCUGCAACGUGUUAGUGGCUUUGGAGCAGCAGUCUCCGGACAUUGCCCAGGGAGUUCACUUGGACCGUAACGAGGAGGACGUUGGCGCAGGGGAUCAGGGUCUGAUGUUUGGCUAUGCCACGGAUGAAACGGAAGAGUGCAUGCCCCUCACCAUCAUCCUGGCCCAUAAGCUCAACGCCAAAAUGGCUGAACUGCGUCGCAGCGGAGUCCUGCCCUGGCUUCGACCGGACUCCAAGACCCAGGUGACUGUGCAGUAUAGGCAGGACCACGGGGCCAUGCUGCCAGUGCGUGUGCACACGAUCGUCAUCUCUGUGCAGCACGACGAUGACAUCUGCCUGGACGAAAUGCGUGACGCCCUGAAGGAGAAGGUGGUGAAAGCGGUAGUGCCAUGCAGUUACCUGGACGACGACACCAUUUACCACCUGCAGCCGAGCGGACGCUUCGUCAUCGGGGGACCUCAGGGCGAUGCUGGAUUAACCGGUCGUAAGAUUAUUGUAGACACGUACGGAGGUUGGGGUGCCCACGGUGGCGGUGCUUUCUCUGGGAAAGAUUACACUAAAGUCGACCGCUCCGCUGCCUACGCGGCCCGCUGGGUGGCCAAGUCUCUGGUCAAAGCUGAACUCUGCAGACGUGUACUUGUACAGGUUUCCUAUGCAAUCGGAGUGGCUCAUCCUCUGUCCAUCUCUAUUUUCCACUAUGGCACGUCGAAGAAGAGCGAGCGGGAACUGCUAGAGAUUGUCAAGAAGAACUUUGACCUUCGUCCAGGGGUCAUUGUGAGGGAACUGCAGCUCAAGAGGCCCAUUUAUCAGAAGACGGCUGCGUACGGCCACUUCGGCCGCGACUCGUUCCCGUGGGAGAUUCCUAAAAAGCUGCAGUACUAAUCUGCUAUCAAACUCGCCUCCCUCCUCAAGGUCUGCUGACGUAAGCUACAGAGAAGUCUGCAUGGCCAUAAAGGAGGAGGUGGGGAGGGGGGGGGGGCAUGCUCCAUACUACAGAUUUUAUUCACACAUCCAUUUAGAUUGUAUUUAAUAACCAAUGAAGAGUUCAACGGUUUCAACUACGUGCAAAGCAACAGAAACGAUAAAGAGUUCUCUUUAUAAACAUAACGUUUGUUUUGAGUCAUGAACUAUUCAAGAUCAUAUAUUUGAUCAGAUUGUGCUCUGAUUUUAUGCAUUAUUUGGUUACUCCUCUCCAUUACAUGCAAGCUAUUUCUGGUUGUUUAAACGUGUACUACACAAAAAACAACACUACAAACCAUGGUGCUAUAAGAUGUAAGAUAAAAACUCCAGUACCAGCUUUUUUUUUAAAGGCCUUUUCUCGAUCGUGUUUACCGUCACCUUACUUCGCCUGGUUGAGAUUAGUGUUUUUAAAUGGCGCUAGUGUUUUACAGAGAAACUAGCUUUGCUUACAUGCAGUCUCUCUCAAUCUCUCCUGUCCCCGAGACUUUUUACUCCAUACUGUUAUUUUAACAUUUCCGUUUAUUUAUAGCAAUUAACAAUAAAAUAUUUUGCAUCCUCCCA